AAAUUGACUCCCCUGUCUCUCUCUCUCUCUCUCUCUCUCUCUCUCUCUCUCUCUCUCUCUCUCUUGCGCGCGCGGGUAAUAACUCCGGAAAUCUAUUCCGGGAACCGAGUCAGUGACUUUUUCGUCCGUUGAAAGUCCAAAGGCAUCAUAAGUGGCAUCCAAGGAUUUGGACACAUCUCAGGCGACCCCGUUCGGGAUCACAGGAUGGAGGCAGAACAGUUCAAGGAAUUCGCCACCGAGAUGGCGGACUACAUAGCAAAUUACCUUGAAAAUAUUAGAGAGAGACAAGUAUUACCCAAGGUGAGUCCAGGGUACCUGCGCCCGCUGUUGCCUGACGAGGCCCCACAGAAACCGGAGAAAUGGCAGGACGUGAUGGCAGACGUCGAACGCAUCAUCAUGCCAGGGGUCACGCACUGGCAGUCGCCGCGGUUCCACGCAUACUUCCCCACGGCCAACUCGUACCCCGCCAUCGUUGCAGACAUGCUGUGCGGAGCCAUCGCAUGCAUCGGCUUCUCAUGGAUCUCUAGCCCCGCAUGCACGGAGCUGGAGGUCGUUAUGAUGGACUGGUUGGGGAAGAUGCUGGGCCUGCCGCUAGAGUUCCUCGCCUGCUCCGGAGGCAAGGCUGGAGGAGUCAUACAGGGAACUGCCAGUGAAGCAACUUUUGUGGCUCUCUUGGGAGCUAAGGCUCGAAAACUGCGGGAAGUGAAGGAGCAGCACCCCGACUGGAGUGACUACGAGAUUAUCUCAAAGUUCGUCGCCUACGCGUCCAAUCUAGCUCAUUCAUCUGUGGAGCGUGCAGGUCUCCUCGGUGGUGUGAAGUUCCAUUUAUUGGAGCCAGAUGACAAGCUUAGUCUACGGGGUGAGACACUUGAGGAAGCCAUUAAGGAAGAUAAAGCAAAAGGGCUAAUACCCUUUUAUGCCGUAGCAACACUCGGCACAACAAGCUGCUGUUCAUAUGACAAUCUUGAAGAAACGGGUGCAGUUUGUAAUAAAGAAGGUAUCUGGCUGCAUGUGGACGCAGCUUAUGCUGGAUCAGCAUUCAUCUGUCCAGAGACUCGAUAUCAUAUGAAGGGAGUUGAACUUGCUGAUUCAUUCAAUUUUAACCCACAUAAAUGGAUGCUGGUGAAUUUUGACUGUUCAGCAAUGUGGCUGAAAGAUCCAGAUGCUGUUGUAAAUGCAUUCAAUGUGGACCCCUUAUACCUCAAACAUGAUCAGCAAGGAUCUGCCCCUGACUACAGACACUGGCAGAUUCCUCUUGGUCGCCGUUUCCGUUCCCUUAAACUGUGGUUUGUCAUGCGGCUUUAUGGAGUGCAAAAUCUUCAAGCAUAUAUUCGAAAACACAUAGCACAGGCACAUGAAUUUGAAGCACUUGUGCGUAAGGAUGAACGUUUUGAGAUAUUUCAUGAAGUCACAAUGGCUCUUGUUUGCUUUCGUCUUAAGGGAUCAAAUGAAAUUAAUGAAAAUUUAUUGAAAAGAAUAAAUGCUAAUGGAGUUAUCCACCUGGUUCCAUCAAAAGUGAGGGACACAUAUUUCCUCAGAUUGGCAAUUUGUUCUCGUUUCAGUGAGUCAAGUGAUAUUCAGCUAUCUUGGAAGGAGAUUAGCUCCUUAGCAGAUGAAGUACUAGCUGAAGCAAGGCCUGGAAAGUAAUUGUACGAUACUGUUACACAAAGCUGUAAUAUUUCGUUCUUAAGAACUUACAUAAAGAUUAGGUGUAAAGUACAACUGGCACCAUCGGAUAUUAUAGCACAAUCUUCUUCUAUGCAUGUUAAAACAGUUGGUGUAGGCCUACACUGAUAGUAACUUCUUGGCACAUUUUGUAUGCAUUUACAGACCUUAUGAGAUAGCAUGAAGUAAAUAACAUUAUAACCUAUCUUUUAUUUUGUCAGGCUCUACAUCAGUAUUGUGGGUUAUAGUUAUUUAUUUGUGUGUGUGUGUGUGUGUGUGUGUGUGUGUGUGUGUGUGUGUGUUUUCCUUGUUAGUUAAGUAUGAGCUUUCAUUUAUUUUUGUAAAAACAUAAAUUACUCAUUGAUUCUCAAGAUUUAGGUAUUACCCAAAUUAAGCAAGACUCUUCAUUAACUUGCUGUAGAAAAUGCCAAGAUCAUACUUUUAGAGUGCGAGCAUAUACCUUAAAUUACAGGUAACAAGAGAGACCAAAUAGUGGACCAAUUUCACUGAUACAAAGUAUUAAGAAUAUGGUAUUUACAAUAAUGGGCCUACCAAUGCUUUUGCAAGAUAGUGAGUAGUUUAAAAAAAAAGCUAUGGCUUGUAUCUGUUAACUGUAGUUCUCAGAUUUUAUUUUUCAUGCAUGUUCCUAGUGAGUGUGCCAGUCUGCUCGUUCUAGUUGAUGUAUUUCAAAUCACCUGACACAGGGUAUACACACACUGAAUAUUUUAUUUUUUUAUGACUAAUAUAUGUAUAUGUAAAUUAGAGUAAUUUUAUGUAAUUAUUUAUGUACAAACGCUCAAAGUAUUGUAUUAAAAAUGGGUCCAAUUAAA